UUAGAUUUUCAACUAAAUUCCUAGGUUGGUCAUUUAAUUUGCAUUUGCAUCUUUGGUUACAAUAAGAUUACCAAAUACAAAUACUGGAAAUUGUGUUAAAGAGAUAAAACUCAAAUGCGGUGUGUUUUAGUUGGAGAUGCUGUGAAACUUUUUGCAAGGUCAAUUCAUUGCUUGGCAAAAAUUGGUGAUGAAAUCUAUAUUGAGCCAUUAAAGAAAGGAUUGUCAUUGAGGACUGUAAACUCUUCCAGAUCUGCUUACGCAUGUUGUUUGUUUACAAAAAGUUUCUUCCUAACUUAUGACGAGAGCAUUUCGAACCACCAAAGUCAGGAUUCCCUUGAUGAAGAUUUCAAGUGUAAACUUUCCAUGAAGUCUUGUCUGACCGUUUUUAAAUCCCUUAACACUGUUGACAGAGUGGUUGAUCAAUGUACAAUCAAAAUCGACGAUGACUUAGAACAAUUGACAUUCUUACUGUAUUGCCGUCACGGUAUUACCAAAACUUAUAAUUUAUCAUAUCAAGACUGCGAAAGCUUACAAGCGAUCUUUACAAAAGAUCUCACACCUAAUGUGGUCAAUGUUCAACCAAAUAUACUGAAUGAUGUUGUCACGAAUUUCCAGAAUGCACAUGAGGAAAUCACCUUUGCAGUUUGUCCACAAAAUUUAGUUGUUACUAAUUACGUGGAUGAAAGUGAAGAUCCGUACGCAGUGAUUAAGACUAAAAUGGUGUUGGCUGCUGAGGAGUUUGACAAAUUUCAAAUUGGAGUGGACACUGAAGUUACAUUUUGUUUGAAAGAAUUGAAGGGGAUAGUAACUUUUGCAGAUUGGACAAAGGAAAACCUUGACAUUCACUUUGAAUCUGCUGGAAAACCAAUUGUAUUUAGUUUGGUCAAUGAUCCAACAUUCGAAGCUAAUUUUGUUCUAGCCACAUUAAUGGAUUUGCAGGAUGAAGAAACUUUGGAACUGUCAAACAAACCAGUGUCAAAGAAAGCAAAUAAACCCAGUGAAAAUCCAAAAAAAAGGCAACCAGGAAAUCAAAGAACAAACGAAAAAGAAAGAACGGUUGAAAAACCAAGCAAACAUCCCAUAAAAUCUCAACCAAAACUGGAUCAAGACGAGUUUGGUUUUGAUGAUGAUGAUGACUGGACAAAGGAAGCAAUCGCUAUUGAGAAGAAUCUUACCCAAGAAAGAUCAAGAAGUACCGGAAAGAAACAUCCAAAUUUUGAGGAUUCUCUUCCAAGCACUUCAACCGAAGUGCAACGUAAUCUUAUGGUAAAACAAAAACAGUCAGUUGAGCUCAGUGCAUUACCAAGUGGUUUACUAGAUUCUGAAAGCAGCUUGACUGUGGAUUCUCUGAAGUCACCAGGGAUAAGAGUAAGAUCUGGCAAGAAUAAAACCAUGCAACUUGAAGACCAAGGACAAGAACCACAUGAUUUGGUUGACGCAUCCCAGGAAAGCGUACCUGGCACACCACCAAACAAGAAGUUUAAAUCCAUGUUUUUCAGUGCAAUAACAAGCAAGACAACUUCCAAAGAAAAGUCUAAGAGUACGUCAGUCGUACUAGUCAAAGACUCAGAUGAUGAGUCUGACUGACAUUAUCUAAUUCACAUAUUAUUCUUUAUAUUU